AUGAAGCGAAUACGCUUGGUGGCGACAUGGGCCAUACUCUGGUUUUGUGUAUGGUCUCUGCCAUGUUUCGUUGGAGGCGCGGGGGCAAUUGAGAGUUGGUACCCCGGCGCAGCGACGUCUCGAAUUGUGCGCAACGUGUACCUGGACGACUCAAACAUGCAAGUAGUGUCGGAUAUAGCAACCGUUGCUGGCGCAUCCUUAUUCACGACAUUGGUGGUACAAGCCUGCUACGAUUGGCAGAAGUCCAUUGCGGGCUUGAAGGAAGAGUUGCAGAAGGCGAUACGCGGCCAGCAGGAGCUCCGGGACGAGAUUCGCGGCAUUCGGGGCGAGAUGCGUGAGAUCAUUCGGCUCGUCAAGAAGAAAUUUGAAAAGUUGAUUGAGUUGAUGAAGAGCGGCAGGUCUCUGGCACUUGCACCACUGCAUUGCGCCACUUGUGUAGGGUAG